AAACAAAGGAUUUUGACCCCUGGCAAGGAGGGAUUGAAGAAUUUUGCUGGAAAAUCGCUUGGUCAACUCUACAGAGUCCUAGAGAAGAGGCAGAAGCCCGGGGACACCAUCGAGCUGACGGAGGAUGGAAAGCCCAUGGAAAUGCCCGAGAAGAAAGCCCCGCUCUGCGACUGUACCUGCUUCGGGCUUCCCCGGAGGUACAUCAUUGCCAUCAUGAGUGGACUGGGAUUCUGCAUUUCCUUCGGGAUCCGAUGUAACUUGGGAGUGGCCAUCGUGGAUAUGGUCAAUAACAGCACCAUACACCGAGGAGGAAAAAUUAUUAAAGAGGUGGGAACCCUUCCCUCGUGCUGGUGUUGGGUUCGCCUGUUUCCAGGCAAAGGAGCCAAUAUUGCUCAAAAGCCCAAAUCAAUUUUGUCACCCUACCGCACUGCAGGGUCUUUUAAGCACCAGUCACUGCAAGAAGGGGACUGGGGAACCAUCUAUGGGUGGCUGAUUCCCUACAUAAAGAACAUAUGUUUAAACACAUCCAUGUUGAUAUGUGAGCAUAUGUGGAAUAAGUCAAUUGGGACAACACUGAAGUUACUUCCUUUUUCCUUUUUUUUUUUUUUUUUCUAUCCUUGCAGAGUAUUUGGUGCUGCUAUACUGCUGACAUCCUCCCUCAACAUGUUAAUACCGUCUGCAGCCAGGGUGCACUAUGGGUGUGUCAUCUUUGUUAGGAUCUUGCAGGGCCUUGUGGAGGGGGUCACCUACCCUGCCUGCCACGGUAUUUGGAGCAAGUGGGCCCCCCCAUUAGAAAGAAGUAGGUUAGCAACCACUUCCUUUUGUGGUUCCUAUGCAGGAGCUGUUAUUGCAAUGCCUUUAGCUGGAAUUCUAGUGCAAUAUACUGGGUGGUCUUCGGUGUUCUAUGUGUAUGGGAGCUUUGGUAUAGUCUGGUACAUGUUUUGGCUUUUGGUUUCAUAUGAGAGUCCUGCAAAGCAUCCUACGAUUACAGAUGAAGAAAGGAGAUACAUAGAAGAAAGCAUUGGAGAGAGUGCCAACCUCCUAGGUGCAAUGGAAAAAUACAAAACUCCAUGGAGAAAAUUUUUUACAUCUAUGCCAGUCUAUGCAAUAAUAGUUGCAAACUUCUGUAGAAGCUGGACUUUUUACUUGCUGCUUAUUAGUCAGCCUGCUUACUUUGAGGAAGUGUUUGGAUUUGAAAUAAGCAAGGUGGGUAUCUUAUCUGCUGUGCCGCAUUUAGUGAUGACAAUUAUUGUUCCUAUUGGGGGACAAAUUGCAGACUUUUUAAGAAGCAGACAGAUUCUUUCAACCACUACUGUGAGAAAGAUAAUGAACUGUGGAGGUUUUGGUAUGGAAGCAACUCUCCUUCUCGUGGUGGGAUAUUCUCACAGUAAAGGAGUGGCUAUUUCAUUCUUAGUGCUUGCUGUAGGCUUUAGUGGAUUCGCCAUAUCUGGAUUCAAUGUCAACCAUUUAGACAUAGCCCCAAGGUAUGCCAGCAUCUUAAUGGGGAUUUCUAAUGGAGUCGGGACCUUGUCUGGAAUGGUUUGCCCUAUAAUUGUCGGAGCAAUGACAAAGAACAAGACACGUGAAGAGUGGCAGUAUGUCUUCCUCAUUGCUGCUUUAGUUCAUUACGGGGGUGUUAUCUUCUAUGGCAUAUUUGCUUCGGGAGAGAAACAACCCUGGGCAGACCCUGAACAGACAAGUGAAGAGAAAUGUGGCUUUAUUCAUGAAGAUGAACUUGCUGAAGAGACAGGGGACAUUACUCAGAAUUAUGUAAAUUAUGGUACCACCAAGUCUUAUGGUGCUACAACCCAGGUCAAUGGUGGCUGGCCUAAUGGUUGGGAGAAAAAAGAGGAAUUUGUACAAGAGGAAGUACAAGACUCAUACAAUUACAAGGAAGGAGAUUAUUCAUAACAAACCUAAAUAUUGGGUAUAUUUUGUAGUGUUUGUGAUUAAAUUCAUUGUGAUUGUUUGCACACAGAAAUAAAAUGUGGUAUAAACAUGUAAACACAUAUCAAACAGGAAGGUCUUACUGUAAAAAAAUACAUCAAAGUGCAAUCUGUAUGAGUUGUGACAUGUCAUCACUUUCAUUAGGUUAUAUUUGUUCUAUAAACAUUAGAGUUUUAAGGGUUUACUGGUCAAAACUAUAGAGGCAAUUAGAUACUUACAGUAUACAAGAGCUAAACUCAUAACUAAGGAUUAAAGCACAACUAAGCAACCAAGUUGGCACAUCUAAUGCUCUUUUUAGAAAGCCAAAAUUACUUGAUCAUUAAAAAUGCACUUAUAUAUUUGUUACACUGUAUUGAAAGAGAUUGUGUUAAAUACACACGUUUACUCAGUGCAAUGUAGGAAUUGUGUGUGUAGUCUAAGACAAGAGCUUUCGUAAAGAAGAAAGGUUGAGUCCUAGAUAUUUACAGAGGAUUGAUCCAGUUCCUUUAAUGGUAAUUGUAUCAAGCCUAAAGAACAAAUAGGGCAUAUUGUAUGUUUAUCGUGAUUACAUGCUGCAGGCUACUCUGUGAUGAAUAAAGGAAUUAUUUAGGAGUUUUAUACUGAAUGUUUGGGCACAAAUUCUUAUUUCUAUUCUUUACAGAAUCUUAUGUAAUUAUAGGCAUUGUCAUGUUCUUCCCUGCAUUUAUCAACUAAUAUAAAAAAUAUAUAUAUUAAGUCUGACUUUUCCUGCAGACUGUCAAGUCCCUUUAUCAAAAAAACAAGCUUUAUUAUUCCAUUCUUUGCAGUAUAUUCCAACUUUGUACUGGUGUCUUUAGAGAGAGAAAAAAACCAAUAUAACCUAGAAAAAUAUAUAGUAUUUUACAAAAUUCCAAAGAGAAAUUUACUAUGUACAAGUAGCCCUAAGAAAAAGGAUGUAUUUCUUUUGCAGAAUAUUUUGAAGCCAAUAGAAGAAACAGAGAAUAAUUUAACCCUUAUUCUUCCCUUAAUAGCUUUCAUAUUUUUACACACCGUGCCACAGUUGUAUACAUAGAUAUAAGUUUAUUGAAGAUACUGUAAUUAUAGAAAAUGUUGCUAUUUUAGAAAUCCCUGAAAUAAAAAAAAAAUGUAUUUGUCUUUCGAUUAAACCUAAUAAUAAUGGACACUGAAUAUGAGUACCAUAUAAACUCACAAUAAACCAAAGUGGUAAAUAACUAGUGUUGGGUUGAAAGAAGCCAACAAGCAUCAUGCUUGUCUCUAGCAUAACUCAACAGUGACUGCAACAUUAGUGUACCAAGCAAUAAGUGCAAUGCAUUAUGAAGUGCAUAAUCUUCUAGACUAUAUAUUAACCUUCAUUUAGCUUGUUGUAUAUAUUUGGGGUUGUUGGGAGUAAACCAAACUGAACCAACUGAAGUUAGCAACACCAGACCACUUCUUAAUACUCUAAAAUGACAACUAUGAUCCAUUUCUUAAUUCAAUCAAAUGAUUAUUAUUGUAUGUAAUAAUCCAUUCUGGAUUCUUGGUCUGUUCAUUGUAUUGUGCUAGUGAUUGGAAACCCUGCUACCGCAAUAUACAACUUGAGGAUUGUUUCUUCUCCUUUUUUUUAAUGCAAAUCAUACCUUGACCUUAAGAAAAAAGUAUUUUGCUUUGUGCCUCAAAGUGAUGUAAAAUGUGACCAUAGCUUUUGCUGUGUUUAAUGAAAAAGAUGUGGACCGUGUCACUUUUGUUGCUGCAAAAAGUGUUAAUAAAAUGCUCUAUUUAUCCUUUUAUAUAAAAAAAA